AUUAACGGUACGAAAUAAGAAAUAUUUAAUUUUUUUUGUUAGAUAACGUACUGCAAUUAUGUCGUUGGAAAAUGUUCAAGUAAUUGUUGGUAUAGAUUUUGGGACCACAUUUUCUGGAUUUUCUUAUUGCCACGUAGUAUCGAGAGAUAAUAUUGUUACGAAUGAUAGAUGGGAUGAAAUUACUGGUCAAUUUAAAACAAAUACAGUUCUUCAAUAUGACAAUGAAUUUGAUAAAGUAAUUAAAUGGGGGAUUCCAGCUUUAGCUAAACGACAAGGUCGAAGGAAUGACAACAUUGGGACAAACCCAGUUGAAUUGUUUAAAUUAUGUUUAGGUAACUUAGAAGAAAAUUUAAAACCUAAACUUCCAGUAAAUUAUAAAAAGGCUAUUACGGAUUAUCUUAGAGAAAUGGUGAAGUUAAUUAAAGAAAAAAUUGAAUCCCAUUGGGAAGAUCUGAACAUAUUCGAAGAAGUUCUUUUCGUACUUACAGUUCCUGCAGAAUAUUCUGAAAAAGAAAAAGCAGUAAUGAGAGAUUGUGCAUAUAAAGCUGGUUUAAUUAAUGUAAAAAGCACAGACUUAUUACAAUUCACUACUGAACCCGAAGCUGCUGCGGUUUAUUGUAUGGAACAUUGUUUAAAAGAACACGAUCUAAGCGAUACAGAUAGUGCAGAAACAACUUUCAUGAUUGUAGACUGUGGAGGGGGGACCGUAGAUUUAACAACUCGGAAUAUUGUUGGUAAAGAUGUUGGAGAAAUUACUGAACGAUCAGGUGAUUAUUGCGGAAGCUCAUUUGUCGAUCAAGCAUUUCUCGAGCAUCUAAAAACUAUAUUAGGUCACUUUGCAAUUGAUAAAUUAAAAGAAAAUCAUUACAAACAAUUGCAAUAUAUGGUUCAAAAAUUUUGUCGACAGGCUAAAUUUCUUUUCACAGGCGAAGACAGAAAUUUUAAAUAUGAAUUAGAUAUUUUGGACACAGCACGUGAAUUGCAGCAAUAUGUAACUGGAGAUGCUAAAGAAUUGAUGGAAUCAAAGCAAUGGUUAAUUAAUAUUAAUUAUAACGAAAUUAAGUCAAUGUUCGAUCUAGUUGUUAAAAGAAUUCUAAAAUUGAUAGAAGUGCAACUUGAAAAUUGCAAUAAAGAAUGUUCGAUAAUGUUCUUGGUUGGAGGAUUCAGUCAGUCAAUUUAUUUGCAAAAAAAAAUUAGAGAAAAGUUUAAGGAUGUAGUGAAAAUUAUUACACUUCCUACACAUCCUAUUGCAUCAGUAGUUCGUGGUGCUACAUUAUACGGCUUAGGAUUGUAUGAUAAUGUUAAUAAUAUAGAUAGCGAUGUACGACUUAAAUUAACGACUCGCAUAUUAAAAUUUACUUAUGGUAUUAAAAUAUUUGAUAAAUGGAAAAAAAGUGAUCCUAUAGAAAGAAAAACUCCUAAAGGAGAAAUAAUUAAAUUCCUUCCUAUUGAAGGCGCUACGAAAGGAAAAGAAGUCAAAAUUGACGAAGAUGUUAUUGUAGAUAAUCUUCUUGGUCCUAAUAAUCCUUUUCAAACAGCGGCAACAUUUCACGUAUAUUACACACGAGAAGCUAAUGCUAAAUAUUGUGACGAACCCGGAAUGGAAUAUUUGGGAAAACUUAAAAUCAAUCUUCCAGAUGUACAUCUUGGUUAUAACAGACCUCUUAAAUUUGGAUUAUCAUUUGGUAGAAUGGAAAUAAAAGCUACCGCAAGAUAUACAAUAAACGGGCAAAGUCGUCUAACUACUUUUGAGAUAGAUAUAGAAGAUGAUUGAUUUAUAACUAUACAAGUAUUUUCAGAGUAUUUACAGUAUAUAUUUAAAUUUCAUUUGAAUACACG